AUGAAGUUGUGCGUUCUUCUUGGAGCGGUUCUGGCGGUCUGCCACUUGGUGGCUGGCCGUAGCAAAGACUACAGAAUGGCGAAGGGAAAAGUUCUCCAAGAGCUCCACGGGACCGGGUCCGUUCGGCCCGAGCCGGCGGAGGAGAUCGACGACACGGUGGGUGCGUUCCAGUCGGACAUGCUACUGACUCCCAAACAGAUGCAGGAAGUAAUGGAGCUGAUCGAAGAGGGCAAGUCUGGAGUCGACAAGCGGAAAGCCGUCGCCUACCUGAGCUACCGAUGGCCACAGAACAUGGUGCCUUAUGAGUUUGAUUCUUCCUCAGAGGCCGACCGAGACGCCAUCAUGGCAGGCAUGAGUCUGUGGAGCGAAGAGUCUUGUGUUCAAUUUGUCCCGUACUCGGCACAGGUUGCCUCAAGUCUGGGCCAUGAGAAUCGUAUCCAGUUCUACAAAGGAUCAGGCUGUUCAUCUUAUGUGGGCAUGAUCGGAGCAGGUGCACAGCAGGUUUCAAUUGGAAACGGAUGCACAGGAGCAGGUACUAUUGCCCACGAGAUCGGGCAUGCGCUCGGCUGGCAUCACGAGCAAUCCCGGCCGGACAGAGACGAGGCGGUCACUAUCAACUAUGACAACGUGCAGCCUGGCAGGGAGAUCAACUUCGCCAAGUAUUCCACUGCGCAGAUCAGCACCCAUGACGUGCCCUAUGACAUCAGCUCCAUCAUGCAUUACGGCAGUGGGUAUUUCAGCGCUAAUGGGGAGCCUACUAUCGUGGCUCUUGAUCCUGUCGACCAAUUCCUGAUGGGAAACAGGGCCGACUUCAGUUUCUAUGACAUGAAACUGGCUAACAUCAUGUUUGGCUGUAGUGAUCAUUGUAACACCAAUCUGCAAUGCCAAAAUGAGGGAUACAUCGGAAAGGACUGCACUUGUGUCUGCAAGCCUGGUUACAGCGGAACCCACUGUGAAUCGUUCAAUCCGGAUAGCUUGGGAUGCAUCCGCAAGAUGACUGCUUUAACUGGUACCCUGGAAUCAUCCGGAUAUCCGGCACAAUAUCAAAAUAAUGCGGUCUGCGCUUGGCAAAUCAUGGGUGGGGCAGGUUCCACCAUCUCGCUAUCUUUUGAAGCAUUUAGUUUGGAGACUGAUGCGACCUGUCGCUAUGAUAAGCUGACUGUACGCGCAGGCACUGACAUCUCUACCGGCGGACAAGUGUUCUGUGGUACCACCAUCCCGCCAGAAAUCGAGUCAGUCGGUAACCAGAUGUUGGUGAUUUUCUCCUCUGAUAAUAUCAUCACUGCGCCAGGAUUCCAGGCCAACUACGUCAUCCAUGGCAACACCGUAGCAACCAAUGCCCCGCCCCCUCCUUUUCCAGCCAUAACCACCAAGCAACCAGCUGUGGCCACUACUCGUGCCCCUACAAAUUGUGAGGUGAUUCCUGGUACAUGUGGAGGCACUUAUGGCAAUGCUGGCUGCAUCGCGUCUCCGAACUAUGGCGAAGGUACUUACAACAGCGAUGAAGAGUGCAUCUACAACAUCGAGACGAGAACUAAAUUACUGUCUGACCGCUAA